CGUCAUUGUCGAGGUAGAUGGUGAGUUUGAUGGCGGUGGAUUCACUAUCAUGGUCAUGUUAGGCGCGGUGCAGCGCCCCCUAGCAUAGUGCGCUACCAUAUAUACUGCUCUCGGGCUAUGAUGAGCAGAUACUCAUUAUAAGAGGUCUUCAUAGCCUAGCGGAUAAAUGCACGUGUCUAGGCGUUGGUUGUAACAGGUCAUUCAAAAACACACCACUGCCUCCUGGCUGCCAGGAGCGGCCACGGCGACUUCACAGAAUAUCAUGAGUGCUUUGAACACAAUGAAGUCCUACUGACAUGCGCAUGCAGCUGCAGAAAGGAGCCCUCCCAUUUCUACUACUGCUGUGCAGGCCGCAAAGCAGCAGCACACCCAUGGGGCGCCAGUCUGUGGCAGAGAUCCUCAGCACAAAGGCUGGUGCCACCACCUUCUCAGCUUGGCUGAAGAUCCCAGUUCUAUACAGCCAUCUACCGACGCCCUGGUUCCCCCUUCCUCAUUUCUCCCUAUUUUCUCUUUGUCUGUCCUCUCCUUACCCUCUUCCUCUUCUUGCUUUCCCAUUCAAACCCAAAGCCCAAUUUACUGUCCGACGGCCAUGAAAACCCGAGCAGGCCCCGCGCGGGGGGCUACCUGUAUUUAGAUGAUAGAUGGUAGUUUAGCUAGAUGACAGGCAGUUCCGAUCUGCCCGUCGUAAUGUCCCGCUUCGGGAGCCGUACGAGGCCAAUAUGACAAACUGGAACUACAGCAAUAGUUUGGCACGGUAGAACAUACAUUUGGUAUUGAAGUACCGUAGAGUGCUUGCCAUCUAAAGCGUGUGGCUACGGUGUCCCUAUAUAUAAGGAAUCUUCCGUUUCGGUAAUCAGGCCGUUCC